AAAAAAAAAAUAAUCAUAAUUUUCUCCAAGAAUUUGAAAAAUAUAAUAUAUAUUAAAAUAAGAAUUACUGCAAGGAAAGAAAUGAUUAUGCGACGAAACUCUUGAUCCCAAGAAAGUAGAAAUCAUCCCUUCUUGAUUUGGCCCAGGUUCUUGAACAAUCCGACGAGACCCAAUCGCCGUUCGCAGCCAGCCGUGUGAUUAGAUGACUUAUGUCGCCGGCCUUCGUUGACUCCGGAGCACCGGCGCCCUGUACCAACGGUCAGAUUUUCUAUCCGCAUUUUAAUUCAUCGCAUAACAUCGACGAAAAUAUUAGCGCCUUCACCAGCUUUCCGAAUCGGAUGGAUCCGAAUUUCGGGUUUGGUUCUCCGUCAUUGGGCCCUUCCAAGCCUGCCGCCGGCCUCUCCCGACCGCCGCGGCUCGCCAAGCUCCGGAAACCCUUAGUGGGCCACCGACCCAAUCUAUUCCGACCCGUAUCACAAAUGGAUGUUGGGCAGGGUCUAGGAGGUUCGGGUGUUGAGUCUGCGAGCAGUGAUCCAGGUCUUGGUACUUCUAAACCCGCUUCUGAAUCGAGUCAGCAGAAUGUGGGUCGUGGGUUUGUGUUUGGGUCCAAUGAUGCUAGUAAGAAUAAUUUAUUUAGUGAGACUCUUGUGAAUAAUAAUGCGGAGACAAGCAAGGUGGUGGAUGACAUGAGGAGGUUGAGAAUUGAAACCGAGAAGGCGUAUACAAAUAGUAUGAAUGUGAAGAAUGGUGGCAGUAGUAGUGCUGGUGGUGAUAUGCAUUUGAGUGGAAAAGAGCAUGGCCUGCGAGGUGUUGAUGAAAGUGUGGUUUCUGAAUUGCCAGAUGAGAUGAGAAGGUUGUACAUUGAAAGUGAGCAUUUCAGUAAAUUAUAUGGUGGCAAUGUGGAAGAACUUCCAAAUAAGAUGAAGAAAUUGAAUAUGAAAGACUCUGAGCAUUGUGGCUCGAAGAAUUUGGGCUUUGGGAAUGAGAAGGUUGACAACGUUAGUUCUGGAGACAAGAAUGGAUUGAUGUUCAGAAAAGACACUGGAAUUGCUGAUGAGCCGAUGAACUUGAAUGUAACUAGUGCAGCUGGAGACAGUUCCGAUCACCUUAAAACUAAACCAAGCUUGGCUUCUGGUGCAGAAACCAUGCAUGGCAUGCAAGCUAAGAAUUUGGGUGAUGGGAAUUUGCACAAUACCUCUAGAUCAUUUAAUUCGGGGUUUACUUUUCAGGCGGGAGGGGAAAGCAAGAAUAGUGGUACUCAUUUGAGUUCCAACAAUGAAAAUAAUUCAACGUCAUUACCGGUUUUUACAUCUAGUGGCAUUCGUUUCAAACCAGUUGGCAGUGUCUCUGAGAUGCCAUCUGUGGACAGAGUUGACAAGAAAGUUGAUUUCAGUUUCACUAGCAAGUUGGAUAGUAUGGCAGCAGAACAUGUUGAGUUCAAAACACCGGAUCCUAAAGCACACUCUGUAUUUGGCCUAAAUAGAAAAGUCGAGACAAAGAGAGAAUCGACCAAAGACAGUGGAUUAAGAAAGAAGAAGGGGAAGUGGAAGAAACCUGCACAGGUGCCAUUGAAGUUCCAGCAGGAUUUUUUCUUUCAGGAAAAUUUGCAAGAAAAGGCAGAAUCUCCUGAACAGUAUUCGCCCAUGGACCUCUCUCCUUAUGAGGAAACACUGGCUAAUAAUAGUUUCUCGAGAGAGACUUCUGUGGCAUCAGAGGAAUCUUCUCAUUAUGAUGAAAAUAAUUCUUCAAGUGCAGCAUAUCCAAACGUUUUAAGUGACAUAGCUGAUGAAGUUCUAAUUGCUGCGACAGCUGACUUGCAUAUAAAUGAGCGUGAUGUAAAGGGCAACGAAAGGAAAGAUGAAGAAUCUGUAUAUUGUAUGAAAGAAGGUAUCAGCGUUGAGAUUCCUUAUGAAGAUGCUGCUUCAGGAGCCGAGACUGAAAGCUUCAAGUCUGCUACUGAUGAAUUAGAUUAUAGUACUGACUCCUUUGUCACUGCAGCCGAUAUUGAAGGAAGUUUCAGCUCUAAAAUUGAGAGACAAAACAGUGAUGGAGGUACUCGGUUUAAGUAUGAUACAAGUUUAGCAGACACGGCGCAAAGUAGCUUCACCUUUUCUGCAUCAUCCUCUUCUCUCGGUGAGUCUCCAGCACCAAUGCGCGUCCUGAAGAAGAAAAAUCGAGGCAAACUUUGUCAGGAUUCAUAUAGCUCCACUCCAAGUGUCAAAAUUUCGCAUGUAGCAUCCCACUUACCCUCAUUGCAAGUUGCUGGAUCUUCACUGUCCUCACCCGAGCAAGGCCUGAUAGGUAAUUUCUCGACUGUGUUAAACCAAAGAAGGGAUGAAUCUGAGCAAGAUGGACCGGCAACCAAGCAAGACAUUGCUCAAGCUGUGAGCAUUGCAUCUCAGGAAUCCUGUGAAAAAUGGCGACUGAGGGGGAAUCAAGCCUAUGCAAAAGGGGAGUUUUCGAAAGCUGAAGAUUGUUACACUCAGGGAAUCAAUUGUAUUUCCCAAAAUGAGGCAUCUAGAAGCUGCCUUAGGGCUCUAAUGUUGUGCUAUAGCAAUCGUGCAGCAACACGUAUGUCACUUGGAAGAUUCAGAGAAGCAUUAGAAGAUUGUAUAAGAGCUUCUGCCAUAGAUCCCAAUUUCCUUAAGGUGCAAGUUCGAGCUGCCAGCUGUUAUCUUGCUCUAGGCGAAGUUGAGAAUGCAACUCCGCAUUUUAUGAAGUGUUUGCAAGGAGGGUCUGAUGUGUGCGUGGACAGGAAGCUCAUGGUAGAAGCUUCUGAGGGCCUUGAGAAGGCAAAGAAAGUUGCAGAAUGCAUGAAGCAGGCUGCUGAACUUUUGGAACGAAGAACAUCUAGUGACAUUGAUAUUGCUAUUAGUGUGAUUUCUGAUGGUUUGACGAUAAGCUCAUAUUCAGAAAAAUUGCUUCAGAUGAAAGUGAAUGCUCUUCUUAUGCUAAAGAAAUAUGAGGAGCUCAUCCACUUCUGCGAGCACAUUCUUGGUUCUGUGGAGUCGAACUUUCUGAUGCUGGGUGCUGAUAGCCACCCAGUAGAGCUUCAUCGUUUCGACUUGAAGAGGGCUCCUUCCUUUAAGGUCUGGUGCUCAUCACUGAUCCUUAAGUCAUACUUCUACCUCGGAAAGCUUGAGGACGCUAUCGUAUUCCUGAAUAAGCAGGAAGAAUCAGUGUCUCUUGUGGAGUGUGAAAGCCAGAACCUUGAAUCCUUGAUUCCAUUGAUAGGCGUUAUACGCGAGUUGUUACACCAUAAGGCUGCAGGAAAUGAAGCAUACAAAUCAGGAAAGCACGCGGAAGCUGUUGAACAUUACACUGCUGCUAUAUCAUGUUCUGUUGAAUCACGGCCUUUUUCAGCAAUAUGUUUCUGUAACCGUGCUGCUGCAUAUCGGGCUAUGGGCCAAAUUUUGGAUGCUAUUGCAGAUUGCUGCCUUGCCAUCGCGCUUGAUGGAAGUUACUAUAAGGCCCUCUCUAGACGAGCCAGUCUAUAUGAGAUGAUUAGAGAUUAUGGGCAAGCAGUUGCAGAUCUUCAGAAACUUGUAUCACUUCUCACAAAAGAAGUAGAUAAAAAGAUGAAUCAAUCUGGACCAUCUGAUAAAAUGGACUGUGUGACUGAGCUCAGACAAGCUAGAAUGAAACUUUCAGAAAUGGAAGAAGCAUGCAGAAAUGAGAUUCCCCUGAAUAUGUAUCUCAUUCUGGGAGUUGAUCCAUCUGCAUCUGCAUCUGACAUUAAGAAGGCUUAUCGUAAAGCUGCACUAAAAUAUCACCCUGACAAGGCUGGUCAGUCUUUGGUUAGAAACGAAAACCCAGAUGAUGGCAUCUGGAAGGAAAUAGCAGAUGAGGUGCAUAAAGAUGCAGACAGGCUCUUUAAAAUGAUUGGAGAGGCAUACGCAGUACUUUCCGAUCCUACCAAGCGCUCACAAUAUGAUCUGGAAGAAGAGAUGCGAAACGUGCCAAACAGAGGCAACACCAAUAUGAGUAACUCGAAAAUAUUUUCCGAUUUUCAUAACUACUCAUACGAUAGAAGUGGCAGCAGGAGACAAUGGCAAGACUUUCGGAGAUCAUAUGCAAACACCGGAAAAGGGCCAGAAAGAAAUCAGUAUAAUUGGUACUCGUGAUGACAUUUCUGGACAUAAUCCAAAUAUGUCUACCAAGAAUCACGGGAAAGCUAUACAUCCUGCUGUAGCUAAUACUCGAGUCUCGACCAAUCAACAAGGACGGAGCGAUAGACUAGUGAUCCCAUUUUCUGGUUGGCAGUCACAGCCACAUAUAAUAUCCAAGAAAAUGAGGCGGAUGGUUUCUUCUGGAUGUAGAGACAUGGGUGGUAAUGAGGUUUCCUAGAGGGAGAAUGAGUGAUUGUUGUGUUUUUGAAUGUUGAGAGGGACAAAGGAUUGAUAAGCUUUGCAGCGGAUUUGAAGUGAGUAUAGAAGCAGGAGUUUUGUGAGAAGGUGAGGAAGCUGGCUGAGUUUGUGCUUCAUCCCAUGACUGUAUAAUUUGUAUUUGUCAGAUUUCUAGAGUUGAGAAUUGUGGUCUUGUACAUAAAGCUAUUACUGUAAGAUGUUUUAUUGAUUGGAAAAUUUCAA